AUUAUUUCGCGACUACAUAUCCUUUCAGUUUUGUGUUUUUUGGUUAUAUUUUAAGUAGGUAUAUAUCUAUUAUCAAGAAUGGGUUUAUUACUAUAUAUUAAUUAAUGAAGCUGAAACAAAUAUGAAGUUUUUAUUUAUUAUAUUGUUCGUGGUAGAAUCCUUCGGUGUCGGAUCUGUUGUGGAUAAAGAUAGAAAGGAAAAUACAGAAUUAUCAAGAGCUUUAGAUGACCGGCCUUUGCUGUUCGCCACGUUAGGGGGCGGCAUGGUGGCUGUGGAACCACAAUCGGGAAAUAUUAUCUGGAAACUUAAAGACGAACCUGUAGUAAAAGUCCCGAAUCAACAUGCAAAUCUCAUGCCUCAAUUUCUGCCGGAUCCUCGCCACGGUUUCCUCUACAUGUAUGGUCCGAGAGGAGACAAACAGAUGCUCAAGAAGUUACCAUUCACGAUACCGGAGUUGGUAGCGAAUGCGCCCUGUCGGUCUACCGAGGGGAUUCUUUAUACAGGGAAGAAGAGUGACACGUGGUUCAUGCUCGAUCCUCUAACUGGGACCAGGGAACAUGUCUCAGGCUUCGACACUUCGAAGAUAUUUAACAGUGACAAUGAUCACACGUGCGAGGGCAAAAAGCGUGGUGUUUACAUCGCUCGCACAGAAUACAACAUACUGAUGCACGAUGCUAACAAUGAAAAUCAAAAUUGGAAUGUCACAUUCUUUGACUACACCUCGCAUGCGAUGGGCAAAGAAAUGCUGAAUGAUUAUGGCAUAAUACAUUUUACAUCAACAUCGAAUGGCCGGAUAAUGUCAUUUGAUCGAAAAACUGGUGACCUCGUGUGGUCACAUAACUUUGAAACGCCAGUCGUUGCCGCUUAUUUGCUAGACAGAGAAGGACUUAUAUCUGUCCCUUUCAACUCUAUAGGGGAUGACACGUUAGACCAUAUCAUGGAAGAUGCUUCCACUUUAAGAAACGGUCAGGGAAUUAAGAAUUCCAAUAUUGAAUUGUAUCCUACUUUAUACAUAGGCGAGCACAAUCACGGUCUGUACGCACUGUCCUCGCUGGUGGACAAAAAUACAGUGACAAUAUCCACUGGGCACACGAGGCCACUACUCCUAGAAGGUCCCGUGACAGAAAACCAAGCGAAAGCGGAACGAGUCACGUACGAGCCGUUUAAAAACGUUCAUUAUCAACUAAACGAUUUGAACUUACACGUAGCCCCACCGUAUUUACUCCUCGGACAUUAUAAAGUACCAGAGCUGACCACAUCAUGGACGCCACAGCUGCCGAACAUGAACUUCCUCAACGCGCAUUUAACGCAGACCAAUGCCGUCAAAUUGAUAAAUGGAGAAGUUCAUACCGACACCGAGAAAGACGGUGAAAAUGAGACGAAUUUGAAGUCCAGUUCCGUAUCAGUUUCCGUUCAGACUGAGGAGUUCCAGGAGUUCCACUUUAGACCGGAUUUGUGGUACAAGCAAGCGUAUAUCUGGCUCCAUCAGCAAGAGAACAAGGCGUUGAAAGUGCUGCUUAUUAUCUUGAUGGGAUUGGUCAUCGCCAUGUUUUGGUAUCUGCGUUAUCAGGCUCGAGAGUUCCAACAAUUAUCUCAAGGCGGUUCACGAAGUUCGAACUCAUCUACUUCUUCUCAAGGAGAAGUGACAGGUCAGCUGGUUGAGCUCGGAGAGGGGGAGGUGCGCAUCGGCAGGAUCAGCUUUUACACAGAUCAAGUGUUAGGGAAGGGGUGUGAAGGAACAUUUGUGUACAGGGGGACAUUCGACAAGCGAGCGGUGGCCGUGAAGCGCCUGUUGCCGGAGUGCUUCACGUUCGCGGACCGCGAGGUGACGCUGCUGCGCGAGUCGGACGCGCACGCGCACGUCGUGCGCUACUACUGCACGGAGCGAGAUAAACAGUUCAGAUACAUUGCGUUAGAGCUGUGUUCAGCGACGUUACAGGAUUAUGUCGAGAAGAAAUUGAAUUUCGAAUGCAAAAUCAAUGAGGUUGAGGUUUUACGACAGGCGACUUUGGGUCUCUCGCAUUUACAUUCCAUGGAUAUUGUUCACAGAGAUAUCAAACCGCAUAAUGUUCUGCUGUCUAUGCCGUCCGGGACCGGCGAGGUUCGCGCAAUGAUAUCAGACUUUGGUCUGUCGAAGAAAUUGAAUAUAGGACGGGUCAGUUUCUCGAGGCGUUCCGGGGUCACCGGUACUGACGGCUGGAUCGCUCCUGAAAUGAUUAACGGAGAAAGAACGACAACGUCAGUUGACAUGUUUUCUUUGGGCUGUGUGUUUUACUACGUGCUGUCCAAGGGAUAUCAUCCCUUUGGUGACGUGCUGAGGAGGCAAGCUAACAUACUUACCGGGGAAUAUAAUUUGGACCAACUAGAAAAAGUGUUGCCCGAAGAAGAAGUGCUGAUUGCGAAGAUAUUGAUCAGAGCGAUGAUCAGCGCGCGCGCACACGCGCGGCCAUCCUGCUCCGCCGUGCUCAAGUACCCCAUGUUUUGGGGAAAGCAGAGCAUAUUGAAUUUCUUGCAGGACGUGAGCGACCAGGUGGAGAGCGGCGGCGCGGCGGGCGGCGCGGCGGGCGGGGCGGCGGGCGGGGCGGCGGGCGGGGCGGCGCUGGAGCGCGGCGCGCGGCGCGUGGUGCGCGGCGACUGGCGCGCGCACGUGUGCGGCGCCGUGGCCGCCGACCUGCGCGCGCGCCGCACCUACCGCGGGGAGAGCGUCGCGCACCUGCUGCGCGCCAUACGGAACAAGAAACAUCACUACAGGGAAUUGGAUGUGGAAAUUCGUGAAAGCCUCGGGAAGUUGCCCGAUGGAUUCGUUUGUUACUGGCUGAGGAGGUUCCCGCUGUUGCUGCCUCAUGUGUGGAUACAGAUGCAGCAGUACAAACAGGAAGACAUAUUACAGGCUUACUACCCGCAUUCCUUCACCUUCAACAGAGACGACGUGAUAGAAUUCGGCAACGAUAUGGAUAAUGAAGAAUUACUUCCAAGUGAUAUCGAGAAGAAUGAACUGUUUUUAAAAAGUAAAGUUUACUUUGAUGAAAACGAUAAAGAGAAAAAGUUUUAUAGAAAUGAAGGGUCCCCUCGUAAACGUGGAGACACGGUGAACUGGCGCAGUGAAGCACAGCAAAGUGCAGAUUACAGGAUACUCAGACAAGAUGACGUGAGAAUGAGAGAUAGACAUUAUUAUAAGAAAAAGGAGAAGAAAAGGGAAGAGAUUCCCGUCUGGAGCUUACCUCCGCAAUAGUUAAGUUUUAUAUAUUUAAUUAAGUGUAAUUCGUAUAAUUAAGUCGUGAAAAUGGUCUCAAUAGACUUACUGGACGGUAGUUAAAUUUAGGUACUAGAUGAGAUUUUCAGUGAGGGAGCGUUUAUUAAACAUUAUUACAUAAUGUUUGUACAUCAUUCAUGUUCCCAAUGGUUUUAUUACAUAUGAAGAUGAAGAUUUUUUUAACAUUUUUUAUAACAAACUGAAAGUAGGGACCAAAACAAUGCAAGGAUUACAGAAGAUGCUAAUCAUGUUUUAUUUUUGUGUUAUUUAUUAUUAUUAAUAAGCUUCAGUUUUAUGAAAAAUAAUUAUAUAUAUACACACAGUAUAUAAUUACUUUUUGUACUUCAAAAUUGUAUAUAAGUUUAUAUUUGUCUGAUAUGGAGUCUUGAGGUAAUGAGGGAUAGAGGUAUGUUUAGCAAGCGUCCAAUACAACUUUUAAGAUGGAUUUCAUAUUUACUCUACCAUAAAUAAAAAUUUAAAGGAAAACCAAUAUUGUUAGAUUACGACAAAAUUAAAAUGCAAUCUAUUACAUUAUAUGUUAUAUAAUAUUAUAUAACCACGUCCUAUCGGAAGCUCUUUAUUGGCUUAUGUGGUUAAAAUGGAAUAAAGCAUAUUUGACAGUAAUUGGCGAAUUGGUUAGAAACUUUUAUCUAAAUUAUUCCGUGUAUUGUUGAUAUGUAAUAAUCGAUACAUUUUGACCACAGUAGCGUAGCUAGGCGGAUGAAGUAUAGAAAUGUUAGAUGACCUUUGUUGUAAUAUAAAAUAUUAUAAUAAUAAAGUUGGUCUAACAAUGUAUAAUAGUAUGGAAAUAUAAUCUAUUUCAUAUGUUGCCCCUGGUGAAUGGGGCACCUCAGUGGUGCACCGCACCACCGCCUUGUCCUAUGAUAGCUGAGCCAUUGUCUAUACAUACGAAAUCAACAAUCAAAUCAACAAUCGUCAUAUGCCAAGCCCGUUGGUAAGUUUACGUCUACGUUAGCAGUUUUAUUAAAAUUACUUAUAUAAUCUGUUGAAAAGGGAAAAACCCGAUGCCAGAUCAAGUGUCACGUAAUUGGCUAAUGUAAAUAUUAGGUCUUGUUUAUGUUGCUCAGUAGCGCCAUUCCGGUACUUAAUUAAAUAUUAUUCUACGUUUUUAGGUUGUUAUCCAAUCGAUAUCCCUUAAGAUUAGAGUCCUCCUUAACUCUACAAUACAUAUAUAUCAUUUUAAAUUCAUUUGUAUAAAAUAUAAACAAGUAUAAAAUAAUCAUAGAGUUUAAUAUAAUUAAAAAUGGUUGUAAGAAUUUAAUAUUUUGUAUUUGUUUAUAUUUUUUUACAAAUUUUCGAGAAUAUAGUCUUAUUAGACAUUUAUAGCAUUUAUGUAAAUGCUAAAAUUGACAAAAAUGUUAUGACAGAUGGAGAUUUUAGAUGUAGUGUUGUUUGAUUAGAAUGAAAGCUAGAUUGGUUUUUUUAUAUUAAAAGAGAAAUAUUUGUAUAAGUUUGUUACUGUAGUUAUAUAUAUUUAUUUGAAACUUUUAUUUCAAUGAUUAUAUAUAUAUUUUGGUAUUAAUUAUAAUCUAACCACAUGACAAAAUAUAGAUGGUUUUGUACAUUUAUCCAUAAAGAUUGAUGCGAAUCUGGUGCAUACAUUUUGUGGAAAAUUAAAUUUUACUUAAACUCAAAAAUAAAAGCCAGUAAAAUAAUAAUAAUUUUAAUAUCGACUGCACAUUAUGUAGACUCAAACAUAACCUUUGUCAGAAAAACAUAAUUUCAAUUACUAAAAGUAUAUAUUAAUUCAACGAAAAAUAAAAGUAAGUAACUUUUUGAAUGUAUUUAUUUUUGAACUCAUUGUCACUUGUUAUUAUUAUAAAUGUAUAUAUUUAUUCGAACUUAAUAAUAAAAUGUAAAUAAGGGUAAGUCAAUGAAGAGGAAUCUUGUGAUAUAUAUUUACAUGUAGUUUUUUAUAUAAUAUAAUUGACAUUAUAAUUAAUUAUUAACAAUUUUGCUAUUCGACACAAUUUUGAAUAGUGAACUAAUUUCAAACAGAAUAAUAUUGUCGUGAUAAAAGGAAUUUUAAAAAAAAAUAAAAAGCAAAUAGUAACAUUUAGUCAGUCUUAUUAUAUUUUAUCCUACAACUUCAAUAGAUUCAUUUUUAUUUGUGUAUUUUGAAUAGGACAGCUGCAUCGCAAUUUUGGAUAUAAUUUUAAAUUUAAAUAUUAUCUUACUAAUUGUAGAUUAACACAAAGUAAUAAAUACAAUAUAAUAUUAUUAGUUCAAUUUGAAGUCAUUU